UCGACAGGAGGAAAAUAACUUUAUUUUAAAAUGUUAUAACAUUUUUCAUUGUGCCUACAUGAAGUUUGGCUAGUUGAGCCAACAUGGCGGCUUACAACAAACUUGUUGUGAAAAGCUAUCCUAGAAUUUCAAGCCGUGACACGAGCGAUACAAAGUUUUGGAACAAAUACAGCUUUCCUAUCACAGUAAAAGAAUCCUCAGCCAUUGACCACAUUAAUUUCAGUCCCAGUGAACCUCACGAUUUUGCAAUAACAAGCUCCAAUAAGGUCCAAAUCUUCAGUUCAAUCACAAAUGAAGUAAAGAAAACCUUGUCUCGAUUCAAAAGCACUGCUCAUAGCGGUUGUUUCAGGGCUGAUGGUAAACUUUUGGUUGCUGGUGAUGAUGAUAGCUCAGUUAAGGUUUUUGACAUAAACACGAGAGUUGUUCUUCGAGAGUUUAGUGGUCAUAAAAGAUCUGUUCAUUGUACAAAGUUUUCCCUUGAUGGAUUCAAUGUUAUUUCUGCAUCAGAUGAUAACUCUGUGAAAUUAUGGGAUCUCUCUGGUGAGAGUGAAAUAUUUAAUGGAAAAGAGCAUUUGGAUUAUAUUCGAUGUUGUGCAUUGAACACUUCCAGUAAAGAUAUAUGGCUUACAGGUUCUUAUGACCACACUGUAAAGAUGUGGGACUCUCGUAUACAAACAAGCGUAAUGACAUUUAAUCAUGGACAUCCUGUUGAGGACAUCAUCGUCUUUCCUUCUGGUGGUCUCUGUGUAUCUGCAGGACAUAACAUUGUCAAAAUUUGGGACAUCUUUAGUGGUGGAAGAUUGUUGACUGCCCUUUGUAAUCAUCAGAAAACCGUCACAAAUCUUUGCUUUGAUGGUCAAAAUACUCGUCUUCUUUCAUCAUCGCUCGAUCGACACGUGAAAAUAUAUGACGUCAAAGAUUAUAAAGUCGUUCACAGUCUACAUUAUCCAUCGCCAAUUUUAUCUUUAGGAGUUUCUGCUGAUGAUAAACAUGUAGUCGUAGGAAUGUCUACUGGUUUAAUAUCAAUCAAAUAUCGUAUGAAAAAAAACGAAGAUAUUGACACAAUCAAACCAAUUUCAACACCUAAACCUGGUUCUUACCGUUAUUUUGUACGAGGAAAAAACCACAAACCGCAACAGGGUGAUUUUGUGGUGGAAAGAUCAAAACCAAAACUCACUGCGCACGAUAAAUUCCUGAAAAAGUUUGAAUACACCAAGGCAUUGGACAGCGUUCUCGAGGGUCGCACCAAUCCUCCUGUUGUCAUCAGUUUGAUCAUGGAACUGAUACGUCGUCAAGGAUUAAAGAUUGCUUUAUCUGGUCGCGAUGACGAAUCUUUACAAGCCAUCUUGAAAUUCCUUAACAAACACAUAUGCAAUCCUCGUUACACUUCAACUCUGAUUGACGUCACGAAUGCCAUAUUAGAUAUUUAUGGCUCAGUACUCGGACAGUCAAGAAAGUUUGACGAGCUUCUUGCAAAACUACAAUUGAAGAUAGCUUCAGAACUGAGAUAUCAAAAGGAAGUUUAUGAAGUUAUAGGCGCUUUAGAUACUAUUUUUGCAGUAUCUUCAUCAAACUACGAGGCAGCUCGUUCAUUAGAAGACAUCACAUGAACUUCCUUGUUGUAAUUCAUUGUAAUGAAUGAAGGCUUAUUAUAGAAUUCCUUGUGCCUCAUUGACAAGGACAAGGAUUAUACGAUACUUUACUCCACGAGAUGAAGACCUAACAUAAGUCAUCUUUCCCUUAUCAUUAAGACCAACACAAUGAACGCAGAUGAAGUUUUUAGAUCUGUUUUUACAUUAACUAGUUUUGAUGAAUUUUGUAAUAAUCACGUAAAAAUAUGUAACUUUAUAUAAUACAUACAAUUCACACUUAA